AGUAAAUGAAUAAAAUUAAGAUAAUUUUUAUCUUCUAGUUUUGGGAAGUUAUAUCUGAUGAACAUGGAAUCGAUCCCACUGGUUCUUAUCAUGGUGACUCAGAUCUACAGUUAGAAAGAAUAAAUGUAUAUUAUAAUGAAGCAUCUGGUGGAAAAUAUGUACCUAGGGCUAUUCUACUGGAUUUGGAGCCAGGAACUAUGGACUCCGUACGAUCUGGUCCAUUUGGCCAAUUAUUUAGGCCAGACAAUUUCAUCUUUGGUCAGAGUGGUGCUGGUAACAACUGGGCUAAAGGUCAUUACACAGAAGGAGCAGAGCUUGUAGAUACAGUAUUAGAUGUUGUACGAAAAGAAGCCGAAAGCUGUGAUUGUCUUCAAGGUUUCCAAUUGGCCCAUUCACUUGGAGGUGGUACUGGGUCUGGAAUGGGCACAUUACUUAUAUCUAAAAUCCGUGAAGAGUAUCCUGAUAGAAUAAUGAAUACAUUUAGUGUCAUGCCCUCUCCUAAGGUGUCAGAUACUGUAGUUGAACCAUACAAUGCAACCCUCUCCGUCCAUCAGCUAGUAGAAAAUACAGAUGAAACAUACUGUAUUGACAAUGAAGCCUUAUACGAUAUCUGCUUCCGCACACUUAAACUCACAACUCCAACCUAUGGAGAUCUCAAUCAUCUUGUGUCCGUCACUAUGUCUGGUGUCACCACCUGCCUCAGGUUCCCCGGUCAACUCAAUGCCGAUCUCAGAAAACUAGCCGUAAACAUGGUCCCAUUCCCUCGUCUUCAUUUCUUCAUGCCUGGUUUUGCACCACUUACAUCCAGAGGAAGCCAGCAAUACCGAGCUCUUUCAGUUCCUGAACUCACCCAACAAAUGUUCGAUGCCAAGAACAUGAUGGCCGCCUGUGAUCCAAGACAUGGUCGAUACUUAACUGUCGCCACCAUCUUCAGAGGCCGCAUGAGUAUGAAAGAGGUCGAUGAACAAAUGCUUAAUGUACAGAAUAAGAAUAGCAGUUACUUUGUUGAAUGGAUUCCUAACAACGUCAAGACAGCUGUUUGCGAUAUUCCACCUAGAGGACUUAAAAUGUCUGCUACCUUCAUUGGUAACAGCACAGCUAUCCAAGAGCUUUUCAAAAGAAUUUCAGAACAAUUUACUGCUAUGUUCAGGCGUAAGGCUUUCUUGCAUUGGUAUACUGGUGAAGGUAUGGACGAGAUGGAGUUCACAGAAGCAGAGUCUAACAUGAAUGAUCUCAUUUCUGAAUAUCAACAAUACCAAGAAGCCACAGCUGAUGAUGAAGGGGACUUCGAAGAUGAAGAGCAACCUGUUGUCGAAUAAAGUGGAAAUUCUAAGCAUUCCUUGUUUUUUUUUCUUCCAAAUUUAAACUAGUAACAUGCUUAAAAAAUUUUUUUAUCUGGUUUUCUAUAAAAACUAGCCCAGAGCUAUUUAAUUUGUCAUAUACUUAACCAUAGUGUAUGACUGGCAGUUGUUAAUGUUUUGUAUUUUUUUAUGAUUUGAAUAAAAUUCAAAUUCUUGUA